GGUAUGCGCCACUAUACAAGGCUUUGCGAAGUGGUGAUUGGAAUUUUGCAAAAGAAAUAUUCCUUAAGCUCCAACCCAAUUCAAAGGGCGCAAAAAAUCACUACUUUGGGCCAGACUGCUCUUCACGCGCGUGUCUGUUGAGGCAGGACAUGUCCAUAUAGUGGAAGCAUUGGCGGAACUAAUGUCGGAAGAUGACUUGGAAGUACAAGACAAUUUAGGUGAGACAGCUCUAAUGGCGACAACAGCUAAUGGAAAGUACAAAGUGGCGCAGUGCAUGCUUAGAAAGAACAAAAAGUUGGUCAGCAUGGGAACAACUGGCCUAUAUGGGUCCCAAAUUCUUCCAGUUGUUAAGGCUAUUUCAAAUGGAUAUAUAAAUAUGGCUCGGUAUCUUUAUUCUCUCACUCCGCUGGAAGAUCUAAUUCCAGAAAAGGGGGACAGGAGCGGUUCAACACUUUGUACCCAAGCUAUAUAUUCCAGAGCUUUAGAUAUUGCUUUGGAUCUAAUCCGGCGCUGUCCACGUUUGGUUCUUGCCCCGGACAGACAGGACUUGAGCCCUUUCCACGCAUUGGCUUCUAUGAAAUACGCAUUCCCAAGUGGACAUCGUCUCGUGUUUUGGAAACGAUGGAUCUUCUCUUGUAUACACAUUCAAUCGGCAAAUGGUACGAGUACCAAUGAAGUUCAUUUGAUAAUUCAAAAAGACGAGGGACCCCAAAGCGAUGCAGUAAAAACGUACUAACAGAUUAUCAGGUACGUACGAAAUUAAUUAGCUAGGUUUUCACUUGCAAUAAGGAUCAUAUUUUGCACGUACAGGUUCAAUAUUUCUCUGAUCUUGUUGGGUUAAUUCGCAUAGCUUAAGUACUAUUUUUCUUCGUUAAUAAGAGUUCCGUUUAAUUGGUAGCUAGGGCGCUAAAAAUAUUUAUUACUAUCUAUAUAUAAUAUAGCAAUAUUAACGUGCAUGGAAACUGGAAGAAUUACUCAUGCAUUGUCUACCCGACCUAACAUUAUUCAUUUCACCCAAGUUGUCGCCAAAACUUUCGCCAUGACGAACGGAUGUGCCGGUCCCCCUCACCCAGCUAAUUCCACUCCUCUGAGUUGCACUUCAUUUUUCGCAUUUUGACUUUGCAAGGCUUUCAUGGCUUGGGCAAUCUCCAUUAAUCUUUGCUACGUAUUAGCAAAUCAUUCUUCUCUUGAAUAUUGAGUGUGAGUCCGUUGGGGACGACUUCUUGGGCUACCUAUUCUGCAGUUUGACCUUCGGCUCCACGGGCCCCCACGGCCCAUUUACCCAAUAGUUAAUAAUCGAGUUGGCAGGACCUACUAGGAGGGAUGAACAUGCCCAUGAUGCUUGAUAAUACUAUAAAUGCAACCAAGAUUCUCGUAGCACGAUUACAGAAAAUGGCCCACGUGUUAUAAUGGUGACGUUUGAAAUUCAGGCGUGCUCAAGUAAAUAGAGUGAAAUUUGGGGAUAACUGUAUGUGUUAGGGACUAAUUAAUUGGUUACUCCAUCACGGUUGACUUGAAAAUUCUCGACGUCUUGAUAAAUAAGACCUUAAAAAUUAGGGGCAUCUGUUAGGAACUAAUUGACUGGAUCCAAUUCUUUGAAAACCUAUUACUAGUAAUAAAGGAAGAGAUAAGGCAAUGAAAAGAUAAACAAAAAGAAUUUAGCUCAGACUCCAAAAAGGAAAAUGUUUCAUAAGGGAAAUUGGACUUUGUCACUUUAAGAAAGAAAACAUAUCUCUAUAAAAGGAUGAGAUCUCAACAAACGAAGGACGGACUCUUAAUAGGCUUGGGAUGACUUUUCUACGCCUAGACUAAAUUUCUCAACUGUAUUGAGCAAUAUGU